GGUUGUGGUGGUUGUUGUUGGUUACCCCCCUCCAGUCGUGUUCAGUGGAAUCGGCUUCCCUGAGAAUUUGUAGAGUCAGGGACGGGAGCGAAAUACGCGACAGUCAGACUGCAGCGGAAAGUGAACCGGGAUUGUAGCUGGCGCUGCUUGCCGGAGAGGGACCAGCCCACGCGAUCCGCUCCCUGCCCCGGUGAAUGUACUAAGGACACCGAGGGGCACUGUGGAAGGGGUUUUGUCUGGGCCAGAUGGAGCCCCGACUCGAGCAGGUGGAUCCCAUGGCUACGAAAGGGGACGAUGUAAACACGGAAGUCACCACACCUGAAAUCUGCCAAGCCCCUCUGGGGCUAGAGGAGGACACUGCUGGCAUGGGGGAUGGAACCCAGGCUGCAGCAGGGCAAGGCCGCAUGCUGAAUGGGCAGGAGCCAGGAAGCCCAAAGGGGAUUGGGGUAACGCAUAGCGAGGAGGCUCCUUCUGGGCAGGGCAGCUCGAGCUGCCAGCAGGCCGCAGGCCGGGAGCAUGAGGACACCCCAAGGAAGGAUCCGUCCCCGGGAGCAGGGCCCAGUGACGAAGCCAGGCGGCUGGAGCGUGGGGAGCCAGAAGGAAGAGCGGACCCCAAAGAGAAGCAGCCUCCCCCAAGCGGGAGCAUCCAAAUGGGAGGCGUUGACUCCCCGCCGGACGACCCCAUCUCCAGCCUUAGCCCAGGCACCGCAGAGCAGGCAUCUGACGCCACCAAGGCCCGGCCCCCAGCCGGCGAGCCCGAGCCUGACUUCUAUUGUGUGAAGUGGAUCAGCUGGAAAGGGGAGAGGACACCCAUCAUCACCCAGUGUGAGAACGGGCCCUGCCCACUCCUGGCCAUCAUGAACAUCCUGUUCCUGCAGUGGAAGGUGAAGCUCUCCCCCCAGAAGGAAGUGAUCACGUCGGACGAGUUGAUGGCGCAUCUCGGCGACUGCAUCUUGUCCAUCAAACCCCAAGAGAAUUCGGAAGGGUUGCAGCUCAACUUCCAGCAGAACGUCAACGAUGCCAUGAUGGUCCUGCCCAAACUGUCCACGGGGCUCGACGUGAACGUGAGGUUCACGGGCGUCUCCGACUUCGAGUACACCCCGGAGUGCAUUGUCUUUGAUCUCCUGAACGUCCCGCUGUACCACGGCUGGCUGGUGGACCCGCAGAGCCCGGACGCGGCCCAGGCCGUGGGCACGCUGAGCUACAACCAGCUAGUGGAGAAGAUCAUCACCUGCAAGCACUCGAGUGACCCCAACCUGGUCACCGAAGGCCUGAUCGCCGAGCAGUUCCUGGAGUCCACAGCCACCCAGCUGACCUACCACGGGCUGUGCGAGCUCACGGCCGCGGUCAAAGAGGGGGAGCUGAGCGUCUUCUUCAGAAACAACCACUUCAGCACCAUGAUCAAGCACCAGGGCCACCUAUAUCUGCUGGUCACGGACCAGGGCUUCCUGCAGGAGGAGAAGGUGACCUGGGAGAGCCUGCACAACGUGGAUGGGGACAGCUGCUUCUGUGACGCCGAGUUCCACCUGAGCCAGACCCUGGGGAAGGAGGCGGCCGGCAGCUCCCCCCAGGAGCAGAGGCAGGUGGACCAGGACUACAUGAUAGCCCUGUCCUUGCAGCAACAGCAGCAAGGCCCCUCUGCCCUGAGCGACCUAGAGCUUGCGCGCCAGCUGCAGCAGGAGGAAUACCAGCAGCAGCAGCAGCAGCAGCCAGCGACGCCUCCUGCGCAGGGGAGAGCUCAGCCGUCCAGCCGGCCGGCCGGGGAACGCAGGCAGAGACACAAGCAGGAGUCGGACUGCGUCCUCCUCUAGAGCCGCUCGCCCCCUGCCUGCUGCUUUCGGACCCCUCGCUCUCCCACGGUCCUGCCGCGUCACCGUAAAGACUCCCAGACGACAGCCCCUGCGGGGCUCGCCUCACCUCGCCUCC